AUGUCUAGAAUUGACAGGCGAAAAUGUACGAUUGGCGCCGAUGAAGAGUAUGAAGUUUGUUCUAUUUAUCUAUCUGUCUGUUUCUAUCUAUCUAUCUAUCUAUCUAUCUAUCUAUCUAUCUAUCUAUCUAUGUUUCUUUAUCUAUCUAUCUAUCUAUCUAUCUAUCUAUCUAUCUAUCUAUCUAUCUAUCCCAGCUUGUUCCUAUCUAUUUAUCUAAGUUUGUUCAUAUCUAUUUAUCUAUCGCAUUCUGUUUCUUUCUAUCUAUCUAUCUAUCUAUCUAUCUAUCUAUCUAUCUAUCUAUCUAUCUAUCUAUCUAUCUAUAUUCGUCUGAUAAUUUCUGUCAGUCUAUCUUCCUCUGAUCAUCUAUCUAUCUAUCUAUCUAUCUAUCUAUCUAUCUAUCUAUCUAUCUAUCUAUCUAAAUUUGUUUAUAUCUAUUUAUCUAUUGCAUUCUGUUUCUAUCUAUCUUCGUCUGAUCAUUUCUGUCAAUCUGUCUAUCUUCGUCUGAUCAUUUCUAUCUAUCUAUCUAUCUUUGAAGGUGGAGUUUAUAUAUUGAAUGAUUCUAUGCCUGUUUUUACAAUGGUUUUUUUUUCUCUACUACCACUAACCGUACUGGCCUUCUCCCACACUUACAGACGUUCUUUCUUUCACUGA